UUUUUUCUCACGGGAAUUUUGCUGUCUCGCGUGGCGGCGGCGGAAGCGUCAAACGCGCGAGAGGACGUGCACGAGCGCCGCACAAUUUGGGAUUAGUCGCCGCCUUACCCGGGAGGAAAAAAAACCCAAAAACAAACAAACAAAAAAAAAAACAGGAACAGUGGAGGUCAAAAAAAAAAAGAAAGUGGAUUUUUGUUUUUUCUUUCGUCCGCGCGGAUGAUUCCCGGUGCCGACGGACGCGGAGGCUCGAUCCACGGGACACGCGGAGCGAGGACGGAAGGAAGGAAGGAUAGAGAGAGGGAGAGGGAGAGAGAAAGAGGGAGGGAGUGGAGAGAGAGAGAGCGAGCGAGCGGCGUGGAGGGGAGGGGAGGGGGUUGGUGGUGGGGGGGGGGGGGUUCACAAGGACAAGAUUCCCACGUCAGGUCGGGAUGCGCGCGCGGAGCGUGGAAGCUCUCGAACAGGUCCCACGCGCACUUUCGCCCCCUCCGUCUGCGUGCACGCGCCAGGAAUUCCCUCAAAAAAAGCCUGGUGUUGGCCGGCCAUCUUCUUCCUGCCACGUGGCGAGAGCUAACGGGCUAGCGAGCGGUGUACAUCAACAGGAUUCCGCGCCGAGUACGGGAGGAGCUGACGCCGACCCCGGCUUAACCAGGGUGGCGUUCCCUUCAGCAGUGCCAGCCACAGGCGGCUCGAUCCAACACCGAGGUUCACUCCAGUAUGCUGUUGGCGUGCUAAGGAUGGAGGACUCUAGUUUGUGCCUUGGUAUGUCAUCAGCGGUGGUCGACACCGAAGCCCACCUGAGCAGCGCGGUGCUCAACGGCCGCUACCCAAUCAGCCAGAAGCUCCACCAGCUCACCGCCCAGCUCGGACACGCCUUCCCUGACCUGCACCGCCCGCAGCAGAUCCCAGAGGAGAAAGCGGCUGCGCCCUUGGACGAAAAGAGCCACCAUGCCGCCCUAGCCAGCCAGCCCAUCAGCAGCCAGAUGGCGCUGCUGGCCAACCAGCUCAACCGCGACAUCGACGCUGGCGCGCUGAGCGGCUUGAACGGCCGCGUUGACCUACAGCAGUUCCUCAACGGCCAGAACCUGGGAAUCAUGUCCCAGAUGAACGACAUCGAAGAUGAUGCCCGCAAGAACAGGAAGUACCCGUGCCCGCUGUGCGGGAAGCGCUUCCGCUUUAACAGCAUCCUAUCGCUGCACAUGCGCACCCACACGGGCGAGAAGCCCUUCAAAUGUCCCUACUGUGACCACCGGGCGGCUCAGAAGGGCAACCUGAAGAUCCACCUGCGCACCCACAAGCUGGGCAACCUGGGCAAAGGCCGCGGCCGAGUCCGCGAGGAGAACCGGCUGCUCCACGAGCUAGAAGAGCGAGCCAUCUUGCGGGACAAGCAGAUGCGAGGCAGCGGCGGCCUCCUGCAGGCGGCCCCACGUGAGCCCCAUGUCAGCCUCAACAACAGCGCCAACGCCCUCCAGCAGCAGCUGGGUUCGGCCUGCGGCCUGCCACCGCCCCUGGGCCUCGCCGCCCCGGAAACAGCUUCCCAGCCGUCGUCCUCGCCCAAGCCGACCGGCGCCCAGGAUGAGCAGUCCCUCAACCCGGCCGCGGGCUUCCGCUGCACCUUCUGCAAGGGCAAGUUCAAGAAGCGCGAAGAGCUGGACCGCCACAUCCGCAUCCUCCACAAGCCCUACAAAUGUACGCUGUGUGAGUUUGCCGCCGCCCACGAGGAGGAACUUAUUAGCCACGUGGAGAAGGCCCACAUAACUGCGGAGAACACACAGGGCCAGGGUUCCGGCGCAGCGGGCGGCACGCAGGUGGCCACCGAGUUCCGCUGUGAUGUGUGCAGCCAGGUGUUCAGCCAGGCCUGGUUCCUCAAGGGCCACAUGCGUAAGCACAAGGACUCGUUUGAGCACUGCUGCCAAAUAUGCGGACGCCGCUUCAAGGAACCCUGGUUCCUCAAGAACCACAUGAAGGUCCAUCUCAACAAACUGGCCAUCAAGAGCAAGCCGCCACAGCCCACUGAGCAGGACAUGGCGUCCGUCAACAGCAUGAGCAGCCUGGCUCAGGAAGCCCACGCCAACUUGUACUCCCGCUACAUCACCUGCCUUCAGGGAGGCUUCCUUUCCCCGGACAAGCAGGUUCUGAGCGAGCAGCACCAAAUGUUGGCAAAGGCCGGGAUCGCCAUGAAGGAGAAGGAAAUGCUCGGGAAGCUCCUGGGCCCCAUGGCAGCGGGAAUCGGUCACGGGCUCGGCGAGAACGAGAAGCGCUCCCUCUUGGGUUGCCUCAACCUCGUCCCGCCGCUCAAGUCCAGCUGCAUGGAGCGUCUGCAGGCCGCCGCCAAGGUGGCCGAGAUGGAUUCCCUCAACAGCUACCAAGCGUGGCAGAUCAUGGCUCGUGGCAUUGCUAUGGACCGUGCCUUCAUGCCCAAGGAGCAGCAGCACCAUGCCGCCCCGGGGCUGGAAGACGACAUGGCAGGUGCCGUGGCUUCUUCUUUCUCCAAGGAGAAACAAGACUUUGCCCUCAUGGCUUCCACAGAUGGCUCCAAGAAGCAGCUCUCCGAGGCUUUGCAGGGCUCCAAGGCUGCCAGUGCUGCCAUGAUGUCCAUGAAGGACGACGCGAGAGGCUUUGACUUCAUGUCCCACCACAUCGGUGCCGAGACUCCCGGCAGCCUGUCUGGCUUGGGGAACCCCAUCAUGGACUACGGCCUCUCAAACCUGAAGGACAAGCCGACAGAGUGCCCCGACUGCGGCCGGGUUUUCAGAACCUAUCACCAGAUGGUCGUCCACUCCCGCAUCCAUGGCAAGGACCGGCGAGGCACGGAAGAAGCGCUCCAGCAGCAAGGUGUGGACGAACGCCGCGGCUCCGCCAGUGACCCCGAGUCCCAGUCCAUCAGCCGCUCUACCACCCCCGGGUCCUCCAACGUGACUGAGGAGAGCGGAGCCGGAGGUGGACACUCGCAGACGGGAAGCGUCCAGGAAGACAGCCCGCAUCCCUCCUCACCUUCCUCAGAUGCCGGGGAGGAGGCGGCUUUGGCGGCGGGCAAGGCGGCCGUUGGCGCGCCGCCGUCGAUGUCGCAGCAUCGCGAGCGCUCCCUGGGCUCGGCCUCCAAAGACUGCCCCUACUGCGGGAAGUCCUUCCGCACCUCGCAUCACCUCAAGGUCCACCUGCGUAUACACACAGGAGAGAAGCCCUACCGCUGCCCUCAUUGCGACUACGCCGGCACCCAGUCCGCCAGUCUCAAGUACCACCUGGAGCGCCACCACCGUGAGCGCCAGAACGGCUCGGCCGCCCCUCCGCAUGCCCCCUCGUCGGACCACAAGGACGACCACGGGAAGGCGAUGGGCGGCGGCGUCUUUGCCCGCCCCGACGUUCUGCGCAAUGUCUUUAAGGGCAUCCCCCCCAACUUGGACUUCAGGUCGGGGCCCUUGCUGCCACAUCAGUGGGCGUCCGCUGGCGUCAUGGCGGCAAAUGACCGGGGGGAUCGCCAUUUCGAUGCCAUCACCGAGAACAUGAAGGCCAACGACGGUCCCGCAUCCUCGGUUUCCGCAGAUGGUCCUGCCAGCUUCUCCGAUCUGAGCCGGGCAUACCAAAGCAUGAUGGGAAAUGGAGUUCACUUCCAAGGCUCCCUGCAGGCCUUCAUGGACAACUUUGUCCUCAGCUCCAUGAAGAAAGACAUGAAGGACAACCAUAAUCCAGUCCAGAUCCAAGCCCCCCAGUCCUACCACGAUAACGGAGAGCCCAGAGCCAAGAGAGCAGCCCUGGCAGACCAGGACAGAGAUGAGAAACUCGAGGCCAAACAGAAUCCAGCAUCCGGAAAACCCGGCUCCCAGUUUGAGCCGCUGGAUCUGUCGGUGUCGGUCCGGCCGGAGUCUGGAUCCGGUUCUCUCCCCGGCUCCUCUGUCACCAUCCAUGACAACGUGGUGUGGCACGGCUGCCUCUUCUGCUCUUUCUCCACUGCGUCACUGGAGCUCAUGGCCCUUCACCUCCAGGCCAACCAUCUGGGUCAGGCCCAGGUGCAGAGGGCCGAAAUGGGGAAGGAAGUACAUGAAGAGACUUCUCCUAACAUCAAGAGUUUGCUUUCGGACAAAGACGGCGACGGAGAAAGGAGCCAGGUGGGCUGGAAUAACCACAUGGACCAGCCCUACAACCCCUUCCAGAGCGACUUCUACAGGCGCUUCGGCGGCUUGUAUGAUGGAUCCACCCGGGGGGCGGCCCAGGGUCUCCAAGGCUGCAUGGCUGCCACUGAGCAGGGACUGGAACUUCCAGGCAAGGCCUUCAGAGGAGCGUCUUUGGCUGGGGAUGACCAAGUUGGCGAAAGGAGCUCCUGUGAAGAACCCGACGAGGAGCAGGUCGGAUCCGAUGAUGAGGUUGUCAAAUCGGAGGCACACGUCACCGGCGACAACCUGUUAGCCACGCCCAAACGAGGGCAAAAUCACUCCGACGAGGAGCAGCGGGAGAGGGAGGCUGCCGAAGAGGAUGAGGAGCGAGAUGACGACAUGGACCGAGAGGAAGAAGGAAGUCCGGCACCGGACCACGUCCACAACCACCACAAGCAGCUGCAAGAUGCUUUGGUCGCCUCGUCCUCAGCCAUGACGUCGCCGCUUUUCCAGCAAAACCAGAAGCAAAUGUUGUCCCUGGAGAAGCCUUGGCAGCAAGGCCUCAACCUCCUGCCCCAAUCCGAAGCCCCACCGGGACUUCUGAAGGCCGAGCAGCAGAUGAACAUGAUGUCCGUGCUCCGAGCCUACGGAGGCGACAACCUGCCGGCCUUCAACGUGAAGAGGCCUGACGCACCCGUGCCCGGGUGGAUGUCAGAGGAGGACCGGUCGGUGACCCUUGACCUCGCGCUGACCCUGGACCAGGACCACCUCAACAGCGACCUCGACGAGCUGGCCGACCUCGACCGGAGCGAGCGAGACUAACCGCCGUUGAUGAUGGAGAAGGAAAACUUUAUUUAAACACACACACACACACGUGAGCGUCAAGGGACUCUCUGGAAGGCGGACCUAAAAAAAAAAAAAAAAAAAAAAAAAAAACUUUUGUUUUGAAACUACCUGUGUGACGACGAGCACUUCCUGUCAUCUUUCAGGCAUUCCCCCAGCCAGAUGCAGACAUACACACACAACUUUUUGGUUUCCAUUUUUCUUGAGUGUCUCUCCUGUAUUCCACCACCAAGACUUUCUAUACGUAUAAAUAUAUCGUACCCGGAAUGUAUUCUUCUGUAGAUUAGCGAUGUUAGCGAGCCGGCUAACUGUUAACGACGUAGCGACGUUUCCAGGCGUGGCUAAACCGGGGGGGGGGGGGGGGGGG